AACUCAAAACAAACGGUGGGGGUAGGCUCUUAAAAGCAGGCUACAUAUUCUUUUUACAUUUAAAUAUUUCUCUUUAGGGUUUUCAAACAUUUCAGUAACCAAAAAAGUUAGUUUACAAUUCAUUCAGGGCGUAUUUUCACCUGGCUCUAAAGCACUCAUCAUGGCCAAAAAAGAAACACCGAUAGGUACGUUAUCGUAUAGGUUUGUUUGUAUAUUUAUUUAUUUGGCAACUAAAUGUAGGCUACUAGUGACAAUUUGACCAAAAACGCGUUUGGUUUGCUCGGGACGAACUUAAACAGAUUGCGUCAAGAGAACUUGCUAUUGAAAUUCCAUUAAAACAGUCGACCCCCUGAAAGUCAUUGUAUAAUAAUAUGCACACAUGGUGGGGUGAGAGGGAAAACAUGGCAAAUAUCCGACCCAGGACUGCAAGAAGCAGCCCCCUCUACUUCCACCUCGCGUUGGUUGGCUGUAGUUUCCGCCCUGCUGAUCUGUCCAAGCGCGCACACCGUGCAGUGAUGCAGAGCCAUGUGCGCCAAUAUGUACCACACUUUGGAGGAGAGCAGUGCUUGUGUUUGUUCCUCGUCUGCUCUAGAUUCUGUACACUGGGAAAUGUGUUUCAGAAAGGUGUUUCUUCAGUGAGGCAGACUGUUAAGUCUUUUUUAAUUUGAAGACUGCAAGUCAUCACAUCAGGUCUGACUGUGGUCUGGUUUACCAGACAGAGUUUGAGAUUUUGCUUGAUGGCAUUUAAAAGCUCCUUAUAGUUAUAGAGAAGGACCAGAAGUAAUGAGAGAAAAACAGCAAGUAAAUAUGUCCCAAACAGAGCCGGAGAGAGCAAAACCAGCUGAAACUGGACAGAAAAGGAAACAAGAGGCUGAAAGGAGUGAGAGAGUGAGGGAGAGGAUGAAGAGAGGAAGCAUCUUGUCCAACAGAAGUCUAGAGAUGAGUGAAAAAAAUCCACAUUCAGCGGCCACUCCGGAUGGCGGAUGGGGCUGGAUGAUCGUGGCUGGAUGUUUUCUCACCACCGUUUGCACACGUGCGGUCACUAGGUGUGUUUCCAUCUUUUUUGUGGAAUUCCAGUCAUACUUUUCCAGAGAUUAUUCUGCAACUGCAUGGAUACACUCUCUGCUGGACUGCACUACAAUGUUGUGUGCACCACUGGGUAGUUACAUAGGGAACCGCCUCUCUUCUCGCAUUGCUGUGAUUAUUGGUGGACUUCUUUCCUCUGCUGGUCUGCUGCUCAGCUCACUGGCCACCAGCGUAGAGUUCCUGUAUCUUACACUUGGUGUUCUUACAGGUGUGGGAUUUGCUCUUAGUUACACUCCUGCAAUCGCCAUGGUGGGUUCUUACUUCAGCGAGAGAAAAGCGCUGGCUUACGGGAUCGCCAUGUCAGGCAGCGGCAUUGGAACCUUCAUACUAGCACCGGCUGUGCAACUCCUCAUUGAGUUCUUCUCCUGGAGGGGUGCGCUGCUCAUUCUGGGGGGUUUGGUGUCCCACCUGUGUGUCUGUGGAGCCCUUAUGAGGCCUUUGGAAGGCCAGAGAGGGAGGCAGAAGGAGAUGGACUUGGAGAGUGACAAAAGGGUUGAUUUGCUGAAUGUGAAAAUUGCUGAUGCAGUCCUCAGUGUUGAAUUGAGCGCACAGGAAUGGAGAUCAGUGGAGGUAAAACAUAUGGAUACAGAUAAAAUGAUUAAAGAGAGAGGGGGAAAAGAACAAGCUGAGAAUAUGCAGAGGGAUGGAAAAGAACAGAUGGAGGCAGAUAAGUCAGAGCCCUGUGAUGCAAAGCAUACGCACUCCGAUGAGGAACUAAACUAUAGACGGGAUCUCUCUGAAGACUCCGAGACUGUGAGCAAAAACACAGAUGAAUGGAACAUCUCAGUCCCAGCUUUAGUACAUUCAGAUGGUGGCCGUUUGCCCACCAAUCAAGAGAAUACAGCUAUCUCAGAAUCAAAAUCCGAAGCAGUCGCUAACCACACCACUCUGGCGCAAUCAAAGGUGGUAAACACAAACAUACUGAAGGAGUCCAAGGAAAAUUUAUGGUCUAUCGUAAGGAAACCCAUAUUGAGAGAAUAUUCCUUCCUGUUGAUACCAGACUUCCUGUUGCUGUUGGUGUCCUACCUGUUCCUUGCAUAUGGUUGCAGUGUACCGUUUGUGUAUCUUGUGCCCUAUUCACUGAGUGCAGGCGUCAGCCCUCAACAGGCAGCAUUACUCAUGUCCAUACUUGGAGUGUCAGGGAUUGUCGGAACUAUCACUUUUGGAUGGAUUGCUGAUAGAAAGUGUUUAAGGCCAUAUAGGGUGGUGAGUUACAUGCUAGCUGUGGGGUCAGAAGGGCUGAGUUGUCUCUUUCUGCCUCUGCUGAAUGGUUUUUCCCUACUCGUCCCCUUUUCUCUCAUCUACGGCUACUUUGAUGGAGCUUACGUGGCACUUAUUCCUGUGGUGACCUCUGACACUGUCAGUUCUACCCACCUGACCUCAGCUCUGGGAGUUGUUUACUUCCUCCACGCCAUCCCCUACCUCAUCAGCCCACCUAUCGGAGGUUGGCUAGUGGAUCAGACAGGCUCCUACACAGCUACAUUCUUCCUCAGUGGAGUCUCUCUGAUCUGCAGUGCUGUGAUUCUGGCCGCUGUGAGAGUGAUCAUCCGCUGCACUAGAGGGAGCUCUUGCAUAAACUGACUCACAGCCAGGUACAGGAGAUUUCUAAAGCAGUAGAAAAGUACAGCAAUAUUGCAAAGCUCUCAUCAGUGAGAUGGACUGCCAUAAACAUAAGCUCAAACCUCCCAAAAUACAGGAUUUUACUUAUAAUUUCAUGUUUUAAAGGUGAAAUUUUGUGCUUGAGACUGAAAGUAACUUCUAUAAAAUGUUCCAAAUAUUUUAAUGAGUUUGCUACAAAAGAAACUGAUUCCAUAUUUGACAUUCAUUUGUUAUUUGUCUCUCAAGCAGAUUGAAUCUGAUUGGCUAGUCAGAUAAACAGAUGUCCUUUGCCCAGUAGUUACAUGUAUACUGCUCCAUUCACAGCUCAAUGUAUUUAUAAUGUACACUACCAUUCAAAAGUUGUAAGAUUGUAAGAUUUUACCCCCGGUUUCACAGACAAGGCUUAAGCUAGUCCCAGACUAAAAAGCAUGUUUGAGCUGUUUUAACUGAAAGCAACUU